AUGUCGAGGGCACAAGCUGAGAGUGUCAUAAAAAACAUAAUACGCGAAAUCGCUCAAGAAUGCGCCAACAAAGGGCAAGCAGUUUCGGAAACGCUCGUAGCAUUUAUGGUCGGUACUUUGAUGUUGACAAAAUAUCGGCCCUGUUUUACUUCCUUUUUAUCCAAUCAGUUGAGUUAAACGCUUCCUUCUAUUCUUGAUUGUAUUGUAUUUUUUUCAUUCCAGGUUAAAGCGGUAGUCUUAGAUCCAGACAAUGAAUUUAACGUGGACAGAACUUUGACCAAAGAUGAUGUACAAAAACUCAUUAUGGUAGGUAAAAGAUGGCGACAAGAUAAUAUCACAAUGUAUUGUCUACAUAUAAUAGUUUAGCUGUGGUUAAAGUGCUCUGGUUUGCUCUUUUUCUUAUCUUAUCACUGAUGUUUAUGGUGUAACUUUUAUAAAUCUGGGAUUAGAAAAAUCACAAGAAAUUCUCAUCAGAUCUUUUCCUAUUUUAACAUACAAUUUGUAGUAAGUAGUUUAUCUUCUUUCCACAAUCUCAUGGAGAUAUAGUGGGACCUGGGGGGGGGGGGGGGGGUUUGGGGCUGACGCAAUUUUCACUCUAUUUAGCACCGCCUUCCUGGGGAAUUUUUUUUUGUUUCCCACAAACAUUUUUCAGAACCUCAAUUUAUUUUGUGCUUUGAGUGUAUAGUAAUUUAGGGCAAGGAGGUGUUUAAACUUUAAAGGUGGGGUAAAUCUCUAAUGUAACUACCCAAGUACUGCAAAUCUCAUUUAAAAAAUGGAAUCCGAGUAAAGGAAACUAUGAGUGACAUUUGAUAAAAUUCAGUGGUUCUCAUCAAAUGAAUUAUGGGCGCCUACAGUUUAAAAAGUCAAAGGUGUUAUCAAGUUUUAUUUGUAUUGAUACUAGCUAUGUUUGGUCCCAUGAGUGACCAAGACAAAAUUUCUCCUUUCAUUAUCAAUGCAAUAUCAACCAGAUAAUUGAUGAGAAUAAAGAAAAAUAUCAAUUUGGGAUAAUUAGUUGAUCCAAUCCAAAACUUCUCUGAACUAACCUUAUAACGAUUGUAUGGUUGACAGUAACAAGAAUUACAAAUUUGGUCUGGGGAGUCAAAGGGUUAAGUUAAGGCCUGAGUUUUCCACUUGAUCAUUCAGUUUAUAUGAAUGGGACUUACAAUACUUGACUGACAACAAAUCUCACCUCAUUUGACUCUAAUGCUGACUUUGGUCAUGACUACAAACAACAGUCCUUCUCAAGUCAGUUGUCUUGUAUAAAAUUGGAUUACACAUUCAAAUGUCACUCUUGGCUGCAUGGGUUCAAGCCAUUUACUGUAAAUGAUUUGGUUUUAUAAACUAAGUUUAUAAUGUUAAUAACCCAUAGUAUAGCAUAUUUGACAACGUGCAGCUUAGAAACUCGUAAUGGUGGUCAAUUUACAUGAUCAAUUCAGUUGAUAAAACCAAAUUAUCCUUUUAUACUUCCCCACCAAUGCAGCACCAAAGUUUCUUUAGCAACUUAUUUCCUCAAUUCAUUUGCUGUAAAGUUUUUUAGAUUUCAGUUAAACGAAAACAACAGCAAUAACAUUGAUUGUGGUAAUGGUUAAAAAGCAACGAGAGAGGUGAUUGUUUGAGAUGUCAGCGGAAGUGAGAUGUCAUUCAAAUAAGGAAACAAACGUGUUGAUAUACCCUUUUCCAAAUGUUGGAGAGUGUCAAAGUUCUUUUUAAUUAAUAGAAAAUUUGUGCAUUAUUAUCAAUGGUGCGUUUAAAUUUUUAGCUGCUAUUUUGGACAAGUGUCCAUGCCUUGGUGUAUCUCAGUCUUCACAUAUUUGUUUUGUUAAUAGUUGUGUGUAGAUAGACUGUUGGACUCACAAUCUCCAUCUUUGGAUACAGUCAAGAUGCAGGUUUAUUUUGACAUGAAUUACACCAGUCGAGGUAUGCACAAAUUUUAUAUUAAAAUUGCUCUGAAAAAUUUGUUGUCUAAUUAAUUGCUCCUUUCUGUCCCUCAGAGGGAUAGGGCCUGCCCUUCCCUUCCCUCCUCCCCUGCCAAAAAAAACAACAAAACAAAUUGCAACCGAUAGGGUGUGUACAAACAAAUUGAGACUGGGACAACAUGACGCAUUUGAAUUGCUAUGCCAUGUAUUUUUACUUGACUGUACUUUUUUGUCUGUAUCUCUGAGCAUGAGCUCUUUGACCCCUAAGAGUGACUAGCAUCUAAUUUCUCCCUUCAUUAUCACCCCUGAAUCACACAUUCGGGUCACGAGAAUAAAGGAAAUGAUCACCAACUAAAGCAGCUCUUGAUUGUUAAACAAAUUCCCCUUCUCAGCAUCUUAGGAAAUGUAUAAAGAACAGUAUGGAGAAUAUGCAUACUGAUGUUAGGGUGUAAAGGGUUAACCCUUUUGCUUUCCAGAGGAUAUUAACAUGUAACUUCUCCCUAUAAUGUCCAAACAUUACCCAGCAAACAAGUAAUGAGAAUAAUGGAACUUAUCAAGUAGCAGUUACUACCUUGAUCUAACAACAACUUCUCGUAACUAAUUUACAAGGAAAUGUGUUGUAGCUAGAGGAGAGAAUUAAUAUUCAGAUCUUGGGAGUUUAAGGGUGAAAAAUUCUGCUCAACUUUGUCUCAGGCAUUCAGACAUUAUUGGUUCUUUCUUUUUUAGUCAGGUUGAUUUAAUAUUUAGGUGAAUAUGAUUCAUAUCCUUGAAUUGAAUUCAUGUUAAUGGAUAUCGCAAUAAAACUUGUGGAUCUCUUUUCUUUUGAACCUCGCAGCUGACUUCCUGGAAGAGCAUAGGAGAGUUCUUGAUCAACGACUCCAACCAGUUAUAAGAGAGAUAACUGACAGUCGUGCAAGGACAAGAGAUGAACUGGAGGGUCUGUACUAUUGAUUAUUAAUAGAACUUUGCAUUUUUUGUCAAAGCUCUCUUGGGGAUAAAAUUUAGAUGACCAAAAAUGAGCCCAAAAAUCGGAUAUUUUUCUGCUUAGUGGUCAGGCUAGUUGGAAUGGGGGUUAUAAAGUAAGGCUUCUCUUCAAUGGUCUUGGUUUUCCCUAGGAUUAAUGUUUUUCAUUUGGCUGGAGAAUUGGGCUUAGCUAGUCCCUUACAGAACUAAUUUUAUAUAACUUGUGGAUUCCAAGGAUAGGGCUCUUCUGAUUUCUUGUAUUAGGGGACAGUUGUUUUGUAAAGUUAAAAGGUAUUGUCUGCACUCAAGCUAAGUAACCCAUCCAGCCAGCAGUCAUCUAGUAAGUAACCCAUCCAGCCAGCAGUUAUCUAGGUUUCUAUGUCAUGAAAUUUGUAGAGGUGUUUCUACAUCCCCUGAUUGGUAUGCCAGUCCAUUGCAGGUUACACCCCCACAAUUUUGUCAGGCCUCCUACUGCACACCCAUUUGUACUCCUGUGUUGAGAGAGGCACUGUAAGGGUGGAGUGUUUUUGAUUAUGAACACAACAUGAUGACUCGGCCAGACCUCUUAACCCAGAGUAUAGUAUGCUAACAGUGAAACAAUUUCAUCUCCCCAAUUUUUUCUGGUGCAUUGUAAAUUAUCUAUUGAUUCAUUAAAUUUUACUUUGUGUCUAGGUUUGUACAGGAGAAUAGUGUCUUGUGUAUUGCUGCGGUCUGGUCUGGGUUCUCCAACCGACAUUGCUGUUGUGAGAGAAGCCACAGGUAUUAAAUAAGCUUCGGAUAAGAAUCCUUUCUAUCUAAUACUUAAAUUUUGUCAAUCAAACAUCACAAGCCUUUGAGGACUACAAGUUUACAGAGAAAAUUUACGUACACAAUGCUAAGCUUAAUUAAGUAAUUGCUGACAGCAGCCCAUCAAAGCAAUGUGGCAAAUAACACAAGGAAAUGACAGUACAAAUUAUAAACAACUAGAUACUCUGAUUUUACAGGGUGCUUCUGAAACUUUAACAGAAGCUAAGAGGAUAACCAAAUUUUGACUUUUGAUGAAGAUUUAAUUGCUUUAAUUGCUUUAAACUAGACUUCAACUUGGGUUAGCACUGGUCAUAGCAUCUCUUAUUUCACUCUUUCUGCCAGCUCAAUAACUAAUACAUGAACUGGUUAUAGACUGUGCUGCAGGAUUACCUUGCUGCAUCAUCCAAAAAUCUGUUAAUACAAGUAUCUUAAUAGAGAAUGUAUCUAACUGUAUCUUGAAUUCAUAACACAAUGCAAUAUGACUUUUUUCAAGUUGUGUUAUUCUUGUUGUUGCAGCUGCUUUGCAAAGUGUAUUUCCACAAACAGAGCUGGGAACUUUCAUGUCUCUAACAAAGCGCGACAAGGAACGACAGCUUAACGAACUGACACUGAUUGUGACUGGAAUCAGACUUUUUAAUCGUGAAUGUGGCAAAGGAGGAGAAGGAAUUGAUGACUGUAAGUUUUUAGUACUGAACAAAUAGUUUCUAUAGUGCCGUGUCUGUUCAGCAAUUUUUCUUCGUUGAGGAAAUUCGUGGAAAUUCAGAAAAUCCCUGAAACUGAAUUGCAUAUUCCUUAAUUUCAAAUACGUCUUUGUACGUGUUGGUACCCCUUUGGAAAAAGGUACUGAUUGUAUUUUACCUUUCUUUUCUAUAGUGCCUGCCAUAUUAAGUGAAGCUGUCCCAGCCACGACACAAAAUGUUCAAACAGAAAUUCAAAAUACAACCAAACUGGCGUUUAGAUAUACAGGUGAGUGUUCAACCUCAGGCUAAUUUGAACUUGCAAUUUUAACGUUAUGUGUACUUUCGGUUAUUUAGAUAGUAAAGUAAAUGGUUUGAAAAAUCUUAAAAUUUUGUUUUUAAAGGCACAUUUUAAUUGAAUGUCAAAAUCAAAAUUCACAAUCACCACGGCCAAUCAAAACAAAGGGAAAUAUCACAAAGAGCCAAUGAGAACACGACAUAAAAACGCGACUGCCGCCUAAAGCGUGGGAAAACGCGAGUGGCUAAAUAGUGUUUUCGAUUUGGAUUGGUUGAGAUGGUAGCGUGAGUUUAUUAGACCAAUCACAGAUUGAUGUAAACCAGAACAAUGCAGUUCUGACUUUCUUUGAUUCUGAUUGGUUGAGAUGGUGACGUGUCAGCUUUCUAUGCCAAUCACUAAACGAAGGAAAACAAACCAAAGCAAAAAAAGCUUGAUUUGGACACUCCAGUGAAAAUUGCCUUAAGUUUGUCGUUUUUUCUUCAGCUGUAACACAGUUAGCUGUAAGUAAUGACUAUUUUUUAUUACCUGCAGCGCUAAUUGAAGACGUCGUCGCUAACAAGAAAUCACUGGAAGGAUUGAAUUUAAACUUGGUAAAAGAAGCUUUAAUUAACACACGGCAGCAUGAAGCGUUUCUUUCCAUCUUAUUGGUGAGUUCCUUAUGCUCAAUAUGGAAAUUUAAUAUCUUACUUUCUUCUUGAGAGGUCUGUUUGUCUAAGUAUUGUGUUUUCAUAUUAGCUAUGACUGAAAUCUUCCAUUGUGGAAAGAUUCAUCUUCUUAAAGAUUUACGUCACUUCCAACAUGUCGCUUCAGCUAAGCUGAUGGUUUAGUUCCCUGGAGAAACUGUCAUCAAGCUGGAAAUACGAGCAAUUUUCACUGCUUCACUGGUUUUACUCUCCUUCAUUAGGGAGUUAAAGAAACGACGACGGCAACGCGGUGGACAACAUCGGUUAAAAAAUGAACUUAUGUUUUACCUACGAAUCUCUUGACACUCUAAAGUCAUUUAGUUUUUACUUCACUGUCGAAAUAUCUCGAAACUGAAUAUGGAACACAGCGUUAAAUUAGAAAUAGGAAUUUAGAAAAACUAGCCGUCAUCAUUCACGUUCUCCGGACAACGCAAAGUUUGGUCAUUUCGCCUUGUUGUGUUGCAGAGGACGCAAAUAAAUUUACAAAGAUUUAUAACGCACGUGCACAGCCAUUGUUCUGCUCGUUUAACCUUUUGUUUAGUGACGUUCCCGUUGCCGUUGCCGUCGUGGUUUUCUUAAACUCCCUAUUGUGUGAUAGGCAGAGGAAGCUAAGUUGCCACUAUUCUAACCAAUCAGAUUCAAAGGCUAUCCGAAAUGGAAUGGAUUGGCUUACUUUUUAGUCUAGGAAACUCGUGCCACCCUCUCAACCAAUCAGGUGCAAUGAUAAAACCAAUCGUGCCUUGGUCUCUUGCGAAUUCUCGCGCUUGAAGCCUGUCUCGUAGAAUUACCCCGAUUUCCGGUUGGCUUAUUGUGAUCUCUUCCCUCUUCUCUUCUUCUUUGGCCGUUGUUACAUCUCGUUUUGGUUUUAUGAUGCCCAUUUGAAAGGUACCUUCUCAGUACAGUUGUGCUUUGAACAAAAAUUUCGUUUGGGUUUCCGACUAAACUUGUUCUUGUCUUUGUCUUUUAAUGUGUUAUCUUUAUAAUCGUUUCAAAUCUCUUUCUACAGAAUGAUGUGGUUGGCUGUGCACAACAGGUAGAAGCUCUUGAAUCUCAGUUUUCAGCCAGAAUGGAAGCCUUGAAAAACACAGUGCAGUCCAAAACUGCUGUGCCAACGGCACAAGUUUAUGUAAGUACUCUAUACAAGAAAAAGUAAACCGACCAUAACAUCCUAUUGUUCUAUGUUAACGUUAAUUUUAACUAGAAUAAUAUGCAGGUAAAGCUUAUAAAAAGGAACUGCAUUUUCAUUAAGCACGUUCAACGUUAAGUCUGUGCUGUGUAUAAUCGCUUUACUUUUUAUCAUUUAUUACGCUUAGCCCCAGUUUAUCACACUGGCACAUUUGUGGACUGGAUUUCAAGAUGAAAUGGUCCUUUUAAGUGUUCUUAGUAACAUCUUAGCGAGUUUGGAACCUUUCACUAAGGUAAGGGGAGUGUAUGCAUUUUGUGUCGAUGUAUAAAGACACAAUUUAAUAGCCGAUCUAUGUAACAAAGAGUGUGUCACUGAUGUUCUUACCACAUUUUUACGUCUUUUGUUAUCUAUUACUGAACAGACCCACAACAACAUGGAAUUUAUUUGUUUUAUAUGAUUAAAAAAAGCAGAAUGUGGUUGAUGGUGACGCUGUGUAUGAGUAUGUUCUCCAAUAGAUCUCACGUGAGAGCCAAUCAAAAUGCCCUGCGUAAUUCAACUUAAUAUAUAAUUUGUUCUUUUGCUAUUUGAGACACUGUUGUGAAGUGGAGUUUUUACACGAAUUUCUUUUCUGUUUUAAGAUACAUAGGGAAGUGUUAACAGAAGAAGUUCUACAGCCAUACAUUGAUGGAUUAGAAAUCAGAACUGAUGAUCAAAGACUGGCAGAUGUAAGUGGUGAUCUUACUUGAGAAUAAUGACAUGGAAAUAUAGAUGGAAAUGUAGUAAUGGACAUUCCACGAGGUGGCUCUUCAUGUUUACUGUUUUCAGGUCAAAUUGGAAAAGGGAAUGUUGGUAUUUUCAGAGGGAGAAAAACCGGAGGACCCGGAGGAAAUCCCUCGGAGCAAGGACGAGAACCAUCAACAAACUCAACUCACAUGUAACGUCAGGUCCGGGAAUCGAACCCAGGCCACAGUGGUGGGAGGCUAGAGCUCUCGCCACUGCGCCAUCCACGCUCUAAAUUACCCUGGCUUUCAGUGGUCUAGAAUAUUUCAUUAUUCUCGGGUUAAUAAUGGUGAUUUGUUUCCAUCAGAGUUCUUCAGACGAUGAUAGAAUUGAUGGCAAAGAAAUCGAUAAUCCCAAGAUUGAACUACUGUUUCACGAGACUACAAAGAACUUUGACAAGCUACCAAUACAGUACCGGGUCAGUAUGUAACAAUAUUACACUCCCCUUCCCGGCCAGUGUAGUCCAUCGCAUUAGUCGAUGGAAGUCAGCGAAAAAGAAAACUUAGUCAGUAUCGCGUGACUUAAACACGCACUGCGCGUAGAUCGCUUCAACAGUUACGCAUUACUUAGUUUUUUUUCUUCGGCCGAUUUCUAUUCACUCCCGCGACAGACUAUGAACGUGGUCUAUGGAAAUGUAAAUUUGCAAGCUUAAUCAAACAAGUUAAGAAACUUUCGUCAUAUCAAAGGCAAUAAGUGCUGAUAAAUGGUCUUGGCUAGCGAUAUCGAUGUAAGGUCAUGUAAUCCUUUAGAGCCGUGUCGCAUGCAGUUUGUUCAUCUUUAAAAAUUUAGCCAAAAUUUUGUCUAGUUUUGUCUUUUACUAUCCGUUUAAAUCUCAACUGUAUUUGUUCCUCUUUGGUUUAUUUUGACGUCUUUGUAGCUUGUCUAGCCUGGCAAAUGAUUAUUUCAAAGUUUUUACUUUUAUUUCGGUUUAACGUAAUUUGAUACGCAUUUUUUCAUUUUGAUAUUUCUCUCUUUCAGGGUUUUUGUGGUUGGUCGCUUGUGGUAUAUGAUCGUUUAUUAAUCCCGUCCAACCCAGGGAUCGGUGUUCUACGUUAUAAAGACAAUUACUACGCCUUCUGUGACAAACAAGCUGCCUACGAGUUCUCCAAUGCUCCUGAAAGGUAUAUAGGCCUCUUCUUUCGCGCUGUUUUCUUUGCAUUUUUGUUUCUACUAGAGAGCAAUUUUAAACUGUCUCGUUAGUAAUUAUCCGUUGCCUUGAUUUUGCUUCACCUCGCUCGGCAAUUGGUGUGGAGAAUGCCGAAUGUAUUCGGUAAAUGAACGUUGUUGAGUGAAUGUGACUUGUGUUAUUAACACCCUCUUUCUCUGUUUUGUUGAAGUUACAUUAAUGGAGUUGCAGAAGCGGCUAAGAAAUCUCCCGAACUUAUUCAGCUGCUGGAGCUUCAUACACAGUUUGCCUCCAUCACACCUUACGCCCAGGUAAACUAUUGAUUACUUUGUGUCUAUUUACAGACAUUUACGGGUUCGUGUAAUUUUGUCGUCUUUCAAAAAUUUACUCGAGUUAAUUGACAUCAAAUUGCACUCGAAAUCAUGUUGUUACCUAUACUUACUAAACAAUGUGAGUAUUAAAUAGUUACUUAUCCGUCAGUAGUUUUCAUAAUUGGACUCCCCUUCUCCCCCUAUCAAAUCCCCCUAUCAAGAAUUCCUGGACCCCUUUCCCCCCCCCGGUCUAAUCAUACUAUAACUUAGAAACAAGUUCCCUUGAAGUUAUGAAAUUCAAGAAGAAUUUUAACUUUGAUCUUGUGCAUUAGGGUAAAGAACCUGGACGGAUGAUCGAGGCGCCUGUUACUAAGUGUGACAGUGGAACACAAACAGACACUCACUUCAUGGAGACAAAUAUUGUCAAGUCUUACGAGUGGAAUGAAUGGGAACUGAGGAGGAAAGCUCUUAAAUUGGUGGGUUGGAAGAAGGACGCAUUGUAUCAUCAAGUUUUCUUGUGCAAUAUCUCUUAAUCUUGCAGCGUUGGCGUAUUAUAGGUGUAGAAUUGGAAAGCUUCUUGUCAAAUUAUCUAAAUUUGGAUGACAAUUUUUUUAUUGACAAAUCAAGGCUAGGAAACUUGUCAAGACACAACUUUUCGAGGAAAAUUAGUCUAAUUGUGGCUUUGGGGAAAGAUUUCUAAAUGUACUUGACACGUUUCGUUUCUUUAGCUUGUCUCUUCCGUUUAAGUAAGAGAAAGUACAACUCUAUUUGUUUCAACAGGCAAAUCUCCGCACCAAGAUCACUCAUUCAGUGCAGACGAAUCUGAGUAACUUUAGAAGGGACAACGACUCACAAGUGUACCUCCCUAAGUAAGUAUUGUUAUAAUUUGAUCAACUUUUCACGAGCCUUUUCGUAAUUUUCAUCGUCACAAGUUGAAGUUUUGACGAUCUUUGAAAUGAUGUUUGCAACUUGUUCACUUACCUGGGAGAUUAGGAAAGAAUGGUUCUCAGUUUUUUCGAAGAAGAUGGAGAAAAAGAAGACACCAAGAAUGUGUUACCGACCAAAACUUAAGGCGUUGAUUCUUUUGCGUUAACCGCGAGAAUUAUUGGCGUCAUAAUAACAUUUGCUGACGUUAGAGGUUUCUGCGCGUGGAAAAAAAAAACCAAACUGAUAUAAAGGGAAGGUGAACAUUCGCGUGAGAAUUGAAUCAUUGCGCUUUGGUGAAAACUUGUUUUUGAACAACAGAAGGAAAGUUUGUAUUAUGUUAGAUUAAAAAAAGGAAGUUUAUCGCAUUUAAAUAGCGCACGCGAAUGGCAUGCCAGUGAAACCUGAACGAGGCGCGCGCGCGCUCGUGCUUUUACAAGCUUAUCGCAUUUUAAUUGGGCGCGCGCUAUGAAACUUGCGCGAGGCGCGCGCGAUUCUGUCCUUAUUUCGUGUCGCUUCUCAGAGGUACUGAGACUACCUUUAUUGUUUUUUACAGGAAUGUGGAAACACAAACCAAGCGAGAGUCAUCAACAAAUGUUCCGAAGCCGUCCACGUUCGUAGCUGGCUUGCGAGGCUGCAACUCCACCAAAACAACAAUGAAUGUUGUGGAUCUUACUCUCGAUGUUGAUCAGACUUGAGAUACUUCGUGUGCAUGUACACAGCGACUUGUUCGUCACAAACACUUUGUAAAUAAUAUUUCGCAUAGCAAAAUUCUUUGUUCAUUUUUGUACAAAUAAAAUCAGUGUAUUGUUAUCAG